AUGAAGUUCUCCAUUCUCGCUGCUGCCUGCGCUAUCGGUGCUCACACUGUCGCCGCCGCACCAACCGCUGAACCAGUCGCUGACAACUCCGUCAACAAUUUACAAGCCAGAGAAAACAAUGGAGCUUCAUGCUUCUAUCGCUCACCAGCGGCACCUUGGCGGGAGUUCACGAUCAUAACUUCGGGUCCAUGGACACGAGGCAAUUGGGGUCGAGGCCUUUUGGACAACCUUCGUGGACAGUGCGGUAUUAUUACCGACUGGACAUUUGAAUACAAUGGCUCCAAUGGUAACGGCAGGGCUACUUUCAAGACCGAUCUGGUACACCCAGCUAAAUGCGUUAAAGACGCGAUCUGGUUGGCUAGCGGUCCAACCAACAUCGACGCUUACUGUCCCAACGUCUAA